AAAAAUUAAAAAAAUGAAAUGUGCGAGUGAUCAGCUUUUUCACUGUGAGCUGAGACGUUGAUGGGGUCAGCCGAGAACAGCUGUAACAACCCUAAUCGUCGGAAAAUCUGAAAACAACGCCGGAGGGACUCGACCACCGUAGACUUUACAGCUGACGGUUACUGUGGAGCUUCCCGCCCGCGCCUGACUUGGAAUUGUGCCCUUGUUUGUCGCGCCGUGCUUAAAAGGUCUUCUGCAUUAUUAAGCACCGUAGGAGGCAAGUUCUAUUGCGCAUUUAUUAUUUCGUUGCUUAAGAGUAGAUUUUUUUCCAAUGGCACGAAAACGGAUGAAGCCCAAUGAAGCUCCGGUUAACCGAACCUUGUGUUGGCGUGAGGAAAUGGAAGAGAGAACUCAAAAGCUCUCUUCAGUUUUAGAUUACAGCGAUCCCUAUUGCAUGUCUAAUUUAUGGCAAAGCAUGGACUGUGGGAAGUACGGGAGUGUGACAAAAGAGAUUGAGGAGCUUUUGUGUCAAAGCAGAAACUACAUCCAGUCAUGCUAUGCAAGGGACCCUUCACUUGCUGAUAAAAUCAUUGAACUGGAAAACAAUUUCACCACAGAGGGUAGGGGAGGCCAAGAUGGUACUGGUGUAAUAGAUUUGGAGGAUGAGCAUGGUGCUGCGAAUGUUCCAAUUGCUCGCUUUGUGCCUGCUGCUCAGCUUGUCCCUUCAGCUGGCCCUCUAGUUAUCAUUGAUUCAGAUGAUGAAGACACCCAGACGCUUAAUUUCACGUUCCAGGGAAUACAUAAUGAGAACCCCCAAUUGGAGCAUGGACCUAAAGCUUUGGCAGUAAGGUCUUUUCAGAAUACAGCUUACGUAGAUGCUUCUGCUGAUGCAUUUAAUUAUGCUAAACAUGGACUGGAUUCACCUGGAACCAAGAUGCUUAUAGAAAGUGAAAAUCCUGCUCUUCAAACUGAAAAAAGCAAGGACAAGGGCUCCUAUGUUGGCGUAGAGGACGAUUCAGAAACAGAGGAUGGAGAUGGAGAUAAUUGUGACGGGUUAGAUGAUAUAUGGAAUGAAAUGUCGUUUGCAAUAGAAUGCUCAAAGGACAUGACUGUGGAUGCUUCAUUAGAUGGGGAUGCCGAUGAAAAUGAAGGAUGCGAUCAUUCCUUCAUCUUAAAAGAAGAUAUUGGCUCUGUUUGUCGUAUUUGUGGAGUCAUUAAGAAAAGCAUAGAGAGCAUAAUUGAUUAUCAGUACUCAAAGACUGUAAAGAGUGCGAGAACUUGUUACUAUGAAAGUCGAACAACCAAGGAUUCAGGGACUAGUGAGAAUUUACCCGAGGUCAUCACAUCAUCUCAUGAACUUGCAGUAGCUGAUAUAUGUGCUCAUCCAAGGCACAAAAAACAGAUGAAACCCCAUCAAGUUGAGGGGUUCAAUUUUCUACUCAGCAAUUUGGUGACUGAUAACCCUGGGGGAUGCAUACUGGCACAUGCUCCUGGAUCUGGGAAGACUUUUAUGAUCAUAAGUUUCCUGCAAAGUUUCAUGGCAAGAGAUUCUUCGGCUAGGCCUUUAGUGGUGCUGCCUAGAGGAAUACUGUCCACAUGGAAGAAAGAGUUUAUUCGGUGGCAAGUGGAGGAUAUCCCACUCUACGAUUUCUACUCCGUGAAAGCUGAAAACCGAGCUCAACAGUUGGAAGUUCUCAAACAAUGGUCUGAUGAAAGGAGCAUUCUGUUUCUAGGGUACAAACAGUUCUCGGUAAUCGUGUGUGACCAUGAUAUAAGCGAUGCUUCAAGAGCUUGUCAGCACAUUUUGUUGAAUCGACCGUCCAUUCUCAUUUUGGAUGAGGGUCAUACUCCGAGGAACCAAGAUACUGACGUUCUGACUUCAUUGGAAAAGGUGCAGACGCGUCGCAAGGUGGUGUUGUCUGGUACGCUGUAUCAAAACCAUGUCAAAGAGGUCUUCAACAUACUUAAUCUUGUUCGCCCGAAGUUUCUAAAGUUGGAAGAGUCUAAGGCUAUCAAGAGGCGAAUCUUGAGCAGAGCAUCCAUUUCCAACAAGAAAACCAUAGUAAAGAAGGGCUCAGACAAUGACUUCUUUGAGUUGGUGGAGCACACACUGCUGAAAGAUGAUAAUGUUAAAAGAAAGGCCACAGUUAUACAAGAUCUGAGGGAGAUGACAAGGAAAGUUCUUCAUUACUACAAGGGAGACUUUCUGGAAGAACUCCCAGGACUCGUGGACUUCACCGUAAUCCUGAAGCUUCAUCAAAAGCAGAAGAGUGGACUGGGAGCAUUGAAGAACUAUCGCAGAAAGUUCAAAAUAAGCGCGGAAGGCAGUGCAUUAUAUGUGCACCCUCAGUUGAUGACUCUCUCCAAAAACACUGUUAAAGAAAGGGUUGAGGUAGGGAAGAUUGAUACGAUUCUUGAUAAUUUGGAUCCACGUGAGGGAGUAAAGGCCAAGUUCUUCCUAAAUCUUUUGGCGUUGUGCGAAUCGCACGGAGAAAAACUUUUAGUUUUUAGCCAGUACCUAUUACCUCUGAAGUUCCUGGAGAGAUUGACCAUAAAGGUCAAAGGCUAUAGCGUUGGAAGGGAAAUUUUCAUGAUCACUGGAGAUUCAGAUAAUGAGGUGCGUGAAUCUUCAAUGGAACGGUUCAACACAUCUGCAGAUGCACAUGUUUUCUUUGGCUCAAUCAAAGCCUGUGGUGAGGGGAUAUCGCUUGUGGGGGCAUCCCGUAUCAUCAUAUUGGAUGUACACUUGAACCCUUCGGUGACCCGUCAAGCAAUAGGCCGUGCAUUCCGGCCCGGUCAGCUAAAGAAAGUGUACACAUAUAGGUUGGUGGCUUCUGGCACACCAGAGGAGGAAGACCACACGACCUGUUUCCGAAAGGAAUCUAUAGCAAAAAUGUGGUUUGAGUGGAAUCAAUACUACGGCCUUGACGAUUAUGAGUUGGAGAAGAUGGAUCCAAAGCAAUGCGAGGAUGAGUUUCUGGAAACAGAAAGGUUUUCUGAUGACAUUGUUGCUCUCUACAAAAGGUAAAAGGCAAGGAAUAGACCGGUUAAUUUAGCAAUGGAUUCACAUUUUUUGGGCUUUAUUGUGUUGCCAGAUAAGUGACAAUGUGCAGUAAUUUGACUGAUCAUAGAUAGCUUGGUUUAAGUUAGGUCCUUCUAACCUUUUGUAGUCUAUCGCGUAUGUAUUAAAGUAUGAACAAUCAAGUCUCAGGUUAAAAUGACUACUUUUGAAUGAGGGACUCAGUGCUGAACUGUUGAUAUCUUGAAAUAGCUGAUUGAUUGAGCUAUACAAAGAGUUUAAUGAUGUCUGGUUUUACC